GAAAGAGUGUUUUGCUUCCACCCCUGAAUUUUCCUCAUAAUCCUACCCUUAACAUAUGCUAAACCCUUCCGCUUUGAACGAUCCCACAUUGCAGGAAUAGUAAGAUAAGUCCCCGGAUCAUAACCACUGGCAUGUUAAGAACGCCUCCCAACUCCUCUGACAUGUCCACCGGAGUCUUAGCACCGAAGAAAACACACGAUUUUUGAAGAUAAACUGCUUGGCACAAAGCCGUACAGUAGUCAUUAAUUAUUUUAACCAGAUGGCAACAAUUUGAGCGAUUUGCCUCCAGAAAAAUAAGCGUGUCAUCAGCAAAGAAAAUAUGAGGUAUAACCUAACCAUGCGAGUUCAUCCUCACCCCCUCCAAAAACUUCUGAUUCACCGCCAUUUGUAUCAUCCGAGAGAUUGAUGGAGUGGCACAAAACUAAAUUAAAAAAGAAAGAAGAAUCUAAUUUCAAACUUGUACACAUCAACGAGUUUAUUCAUUCUUUUUCAGAGGAAUUUUUGCAUCCGAUUUCUUCUCGCGCGUACCCCUCAGACUCCAGCAAUCGUCGCCAUGUGGCGUCAAUCUGACAAGAAUUAUAGCAACAUGUAUAAAUUUCCCAGAAACUCCAAGAACUAAGAGAAAACAGUUGCAGCAGCUGUGACUUCUAUUUUUUUCUCUCUUGAAAAAGUGUGUAGGAAAUAACAGAGAUUUUCAGCUCUAAAUGGCCCAAGAUACAAGUUCUGGCGCUAAAUCACGGCGGCCACGUUCUGGUAUGUUGCGGGAUAAGGUUCAGCUUGUGAAAAGAAAGGACUGUGAUCGAUACGAGAUUGUCCAAAUUCCAGAUGUCCUGUAUUUGAGAAAGGUUUCUUUAUAAUUCGGGCGUGUCAGCUGUUGGCUCAAAAGAAUGCGGGGAUAAUACUAGUUGGAGUGGCAGGCCCCUCUGGGGCUGGUAAAACUAUUUUCACUGAUAAAGUGCUCAGCUUCAUGCCCAACAUUGCUGUUAUUACAAUGGACAACUACAAUGACGCUAGUCGAAUCAUCGAUGGAAACUUUGAUGGAGUGGGUUACAGAUAGUGCCUUCAUAAUAUCGCCCAGAAUAACUUUUGAAGUUAGCGUACGCUUACUUGGAGGUCUCAUGGCCUUGGGGUAUACAAUUGCAUCCAUCUUGAAACGAAGCAGCCAUAUCUUCUGUGAUGAGAAGGUUUUCGUGAAAAGUGAUUGGUUGGAGCAACUUAAUCGUCAAUAUGUUCAGGAAAUGAUCGGUUAUAUGUUAAAGAUAUUUCACAGAAGCUCGGCCUGGAUGGUUCAUAUGUUCCUCGUACUUACAUCGAACAAAUUCAGCUAGAGAAACUUGUAAAUGAUGUUAUGACCUUGCCAGAUGAUUUGAAGUCACAGCUCAGCAUAGAUGAUGAUUUCGUUUUGAGCCCUAAGGAAGCACUUUCCCGAGUUUCUGCAGAUAGGAGAAACAAGUAUCUCAACCGUAGAAGGUUUGAUGGAAGAAACCCGGAAUCACCUGCAGCAAUUUCGAACCAGGGAGUUAUUACUCAACUUUCAGAACAAGUUUCUACGCUGAAUGAGAGGAUGGAUGAGUUUACAUUCUGUGUGGAAGAGGUGAACUCCAAGAUCAUGCACCAAAUAGACAAUUUGAGCAAUCUUGUGCGGGAGUAUACGGCAGAGAGGUUUCGCAAAGGAAGAACAGAUGCUACUGGAAGAAUGCCUGAUAUCGAAUCAGUUGUACUUGUUCUUGCUUUGGCAAUUGGCGGUUUAGGCGUCUUCUUACUCAGGAGUCUGCUAUAAACAUGUUUGUAUAAACCCAUGCUGUAUUCCGAAUAAGGGCAGCUUGCCUGUGUAAUGGAAGGAGGCAAAUAUAGAUUUCUAGGUUUAUGCUGGUGUGGUCGGCCAAUGUUGUAAAUAGUUGGUAUACUUUAUACGGGAAGAGGAAUUUAAACUUGAGUGCAAAGGGCGGAGUCUGGCCAACGCUUUUAUACCAUAGUUGUACAAUAAUUCCUUAUGGGUCUACAAAUACAAGUAAAAGUGUUCCAGAUCAGCCAGUUAUAUCCCUAUCCGUUUUACUUGAUAUCUUGUAUUCUGCAUAAAAAUGGAAGA